CCUUGCUUUGGGAAUUGUUGACAGUUCAAAGGACACCCGAGUGGGGAGAGCCUCCGUGGACAAGGACGAGCGAGAGCCCCGUAGAAAGAAGGCAGAUGGUCUCUCACAUCCCCUCCAGACUUGGAUGACCAAGGAUUCCUAAAACAUUAAACCUCCUGGUACAGAGGGCAGAGAGCGAUGCCAGUCACAAAAGGGCUCUCCGCUCUCCAACGUGUCUGCUCCAGCGGCCGCCUAGCUCUGGCCCUGCUGGUAUUUAUCGGUCUGAUUGGGGUCUUGACGGUCGUAUUUGGCAUCACAGGCCACAGAGCUGGCAGCGAUCUGAAGAGGAUGGAGGCGGCUCUCCAGAGGGUCAAUCGCUCAGUCUCCACGGAGACGGCCGCCCUGAGGCAGAAGGAGACAGAGGACUUGAAGAAACUAGUCAAGUUGGACCAGGCAGUGAAACACCUGACCGAAGCAAUGGACAAAGUGAAGACUGAGGUCCAGGGCAAAAUUGUCACACUGCGGAACACCCUUCGGACUGUGAAUUGUGACGUGCAGGACAUUAAGCACAACCGAACAGCUAGCAAAGCAGCCUGCUGCCCUGCGGGGUGGGAUUCCUUCAGCAGGAGCUGCUACUGGGUCUCCAAAGCAGAGAAGCCCUGGGAGGAAGCCAAAGUGGACUGUGAAGACCGCGACGCUCACCUGGCCACCAUCACCUCCUACCUCGAGCAACAAUUUGUGGCCCAGCGCACAAAGCCUCGGUAUGCAUGGAUUGGCCUGACCAACACCGGCGCGGGCUGGCAGUGGGUGGAUGGGGCUUCCUACACCGUUCGCAGAAUAGACUGGAAACCUGGACAGCCCUAUUCUCACAGACUAGGGGAGCAGCGGACAUGCGCCCACCUUCACCGGGACGGGCUGUGGAACGAAGAGCAUUGCUCACGCCGAUACAACUGGGUGUGUGAGAUAGACCUCAAGGGCUGAACGUGGCCGAGGCAUGGUCCGGAGGCGCCAACAGGGAAGGGCAGGGAAGAAAGGGCUGGUGUGAGGUCAAUGGACCUGAGAUAUCACAAGCAAAUAAAUGUCUGACGACACGGCA